UCACAGCGGCGGCAGCAGCGGAUGAUUUCCGGAAUAUUCACGGAAGAGACUCCGUUAGUGCAGCUACUUCCGCCUUUAGCCGCCUCUCCUGACACUGAGAAAUGACAGCAACGUUGCGCCCGUAUCUCAACGCUGUGCGUGCCACACUGCAGGCCGCCCUCUGCCUGGAGAAUUUCUCCUCACAAGUGGUGGAGAGACACAACAAGCCAGAGGUGGAAGUGAGGAGCAGUAAAGAGUUGCUCCUCCAGCCUGUAAUCAUCAGCCGUAAUGACAAGGAGAAGGUUCUGAUCGAAGGCUCCAUCAACUCUGUCAGAGUCAGCAUCGCUGUCAAGCAGGCUGAUGAGAUUGAGAAGAUUCUGUGCCAUAAGUUCAUGCGCUUCAUGAUGAUGAGAGCAGAGAACUUCUUCAUCCUGAGGAGGAAACCAGUGGAGGGCUAUGACAUCAGCUUUCUCAUCACCAAUUUCCACACAGAACAGAUGUACAAGCAUAAGCUAGUGGACUUUGUCAUUCAUUUCAUGGAGGAAAUUGACAAGGAGAUUAGUGAAAUGAAGCUGUCUGUCAACGCCAGGGCUCGCAUCGUCGCUGAGGAGUUCCUCAAAAAUUUCUGAGAACGAGGAAACUCGGAAAAAUGCAUUUCUUUUGCAAUCUUGGCCGUCACUGUGGAGCGUUCACAUCAGAGGAGACAAACUAUGAUCAGCCAAUAAAAGCUGAGCUACAUAAGCUGAGCUACAUACGUACAGUAAUGAUGUACAGGCCAAUGAGCUUUUAGCCUUUAAACUUAAAUUCCCUCUGUGCUCAGAAAUGUUGAUGGUUGUACAUAAUGAACAUUUACACGCGAAACAUUCAUUUCUGCCUUGAACAUAACGAGUCAGGGCAGGUCCUUAAAAAGAGUUAUCAAUAUUCAUGAGCACAGGCUAAUAUGGAUCUUUUUUUCCAGAUAAUUUAAUUUUUUUUAAAUAUAUAGACAAUAUAUAUACUAUAUGCAUAUUAAUUUCCUUUUACUGUUUUGUUACAACAGACUUCAACCCAUGAAUGCAAUCAAUUAGAUAAUGAUUCUUGCUUUAGUUCACAAGUACACAGACGAAUCUGUCGUCAAUGAAACAUGAAUACAUUUGCUGGCAAUGAAGACGAAUAAAAAAACCCCAGUAUGCUUUGUAUUUUCUGUGAUUUCUGUUCAGUCUUUAAACACAACUCCACAGUUUUCUUUACAAGAAACAUUCACAUUUAUUGAGGUCUAACAGCUGGAAACAGAAAAGGCAUUUUGGGUUAUUUUUUUCCCCCAGUAUAGUAAUAUAAGCCAUUACCCCACAAAAAGUAUAAUACACAUGUUUUUACACACAAAUUUAACAAACAUGCACGUACAGUUUUCACAGUUUUAUGUUAUACUCUUUUUCAUUUGUGAAGGUUGGAGUGAUUUAGAGGCCAAAAUGCUUUAAGUAACAGCCUUUCAACAUUUAGUCUUAUAUACAAAUAGCUUUUGGUUUCAUCAUGAUUACAACAAUGGAAGUGCUUCAUUUCGGAUUUUUAGCAUAUCAGCU